CUCUCAAUUCAACCACGAUGAGAUCCAGCAUGAACUGGAGGCGACUGGCCGGAGCUGGAGACGCCCUUCAGCUCGCAACUCAGGACAUGGGAUGCCCUUAUCAGGACAUAUCAGCUUUUCGCCCAGCCUUGUGAGGAAACCAUUUUCGGAAACCCACUUCUCAUAUCGUCGACGUACGCAAUGCUUCACCGUUACCCUCGGUGGCCGUAUCUGAUUCCUGUUCAUGAAUUUGCUCCAGAGGUACCUCUGUGAUCGAGUUCUUGCACAACGGAUUCCAUGAUGUAUUGCGGGUUGAUAUCCUUUUUGGGGUGCCGAGGAUAUCUCCAUGUAGGGAGGUUUCCUCUCCGCACCACUCAUACCAUUCGAUAUCAGAUAGCGCGCAGAGGCGGGGUUGGAACUGCCUCAUCUAUCAACUGACUCAGACAAAAAGGAACGCAACAGGGAUGGCCAGUCUAUAUAAGGUGUGUGGGUGUGCAUGUCACACCUCACACCCUCCCAAUCCUCCAAGGUAUCAAAACUUGUCAGAGCACCAUUGCACCGAUCUCCGCACAUUAUCCGUUACAUCAAACCAACAUGGCUGAAAUGGCUCAAUCUGUCACCACCCUACCACCUGUUAAACGGUACAUAGCGACUCACGAUGCCAACGGCAAGAGCGUCUAUCUUGACACGCCUCCACAGCAAUACUUUCCCGUUCCCGACGUGGGUGGCCUUGCACGGUCGUUUUCCGUGUCGUCGGUUCCGGCUAAACUGGAGAACGACGAGGACGUGAAAGCAUACCUAGGCAAAGAGGGACCGACCAGCUGGACGUCUCCAAGCAUUGUCACACCAGCAGGCGUGAAUCUUCUCAUCGUGGAUCUGGCGCCGGGAGGAACGAGCGUCAUGCACCGGACCGUGUCCAUUGAUUUCUCCGUCUGCGUGAUCGGAGAAAUUGAGCAUGAGCUGGACGGCGGAGAAAAGGUCUUGUUGAGACCGGGAGAUCAUAUCGUCCAGCGAGGGACCAUGCAUCGAUGGCACAACGCCUCGAAGACUGAGCCAGCGAGGUUUAUAGCCACCACUGUUUCUUGCCUGCCCUUCGACAUUGCCGGCAAACAGCUAGAGGAGAUUCACCUCCCGAGAGAGCCGCAGGAGAAGCUAUGAGUUCUUGAAGGAUGGCAAGUGGCAGGACUGACCCGUCAAUCAAAUGAACAUUUACAUUCACUCACGAUCAAUGUUUCUGCCUCACCUGUCUCCACUAACUGCCACAGAUUCACUAUUGUCCAGGC